CAGUGGUUCAGUCCGCAUCACACAACAUCCAUAAUACUUGGAAACUAACUGCAGCCAGACGUGCAGGGGUGUCUCUAUUUGUUUAUCACCCGUCCCCGGAGACAGUGGUUCAGUCCGCAUCACAUAACAUCCCUAAUACUUGGAUGCCCUUCCUUGCGACUCCACAUAGUGAGCCGGCUGUAUCGUUACAUGGAGACACGAGAAGGACAACGAAUUAUAAUUGUGACACUGUGUCGGAUGUUUGUAUUUGGACCUCGUAGUUCCAGCACAAUGCUAUCUUUAAUUUAUUUCCGAGGCUGGACGAUGGAUUCAAUUGUCAAAAGUCCAUAUUUUUGAGCGGGACACACGCACCAUGCACAUAGCGGACAUAGCUGUCUUUCUGUUUGUAGUAGUGAUCAUCGUUGUCUCGUUGCUGUCCAACGUGGUGGUGGCUAUCUGCUUUCUGUACAACCCGGAGAUUCGAAAGCAGGUUCCCGGGUUGUUUAUCCUCAACCUUACCUUCUGCAACCUGUUUCUUACCGUUUCUACCAUGCCUCUAACUCUGGUCGGACUUAUCAACAAAGGAAACCCUGGAAGCAGCGGGUUCUGUCAAACUGUGGGUUUCCUGGACACUUUUCUCACCACGAACUCAAUGCUCAGUAUGGGGGCUUUGAGCAUUGAUAGAUGGGUAGCGGUGGUUUUUCCGCUAAGCUACCACUCCAGAAUACGACACCGGGACGCAGUGAUAGCUCUGGCAUACACGUGGUUACACUCGCUCUCCUUCUCCAUGGUGGCCACUUGCCUCUCCUGGGUUGGGUACCAUCACCUUUACGCAUCCUGUACGCUCUGCAAUGCGAGAGCAAGUGACACUAAGACGCAGUUCAUCAUCUACACUGUGGUUUUACACUCGCUCACUUUUCUCAUGACCUUGAUUGUGUUGUGUGUAACGUACCUGAAAGUGCUGAAAGUUGCGCGUUUUCACUGUAAACGCAUCGACGUGAUCACUAUGCAGACCUUAUUGCUGCUUGUGGAUAUUCACCCGAGUGUGCGCCAGCGAUGCCUGGAUGAGCAGAGACAGCGGAGGCAGAGAGCCACCAAGAAGAUCAGCACAUUCAUUGGAACGUUUGUGGUGUGCUUUGCCCCCUACGUCAUUACGAGAAUUGUGGAGCUCUCCACCCCAGGACACAUAAGCCCUCAUUGGGGUGUCCUGUCCAAGUGUUUGGCCUACAGCAAGGCAGCCUGUGACCCUUUUGUCUACUCACUGCUCCGAAACCAGUACAGGAAGACAUGCAGUGACCUGGCUAACAAGAUCUUGAAGAGGAGCUCCUUUAACUCCUCCGUCCGCAGGGUGGAGAAUGGCAGGGCUACCGAUACCAACAACACCAAACCCACCCAGUGAAGGGCCUUGCUAUUGCCUGACUAUGGCAAGAUGGAGACAUUGAGGUACCUACAUACCUAAGUACUGAGUCAUGGUUGGAGAGCGGAGAGUGUUGAGCAGACCUUAGAAGAGAUUGCUGCUACGUAUCGAUUUCGUACUUUUGCAAUGUUGAGUGUGGUUAAGUGUUGCUCUGUUGUCUCAUGGUGUGACAUGAGUGAGGAAAAGGUGACGAGUCAUUAAAUGGGAAGAUAUGA